AGGAAGUGUUCUUGCACGUCAGCCAUCAUUACAAGAACACUUUGAUACCAUAAAGGUAACGUCCGUGUUGUAGAAUGUCUGACCAAGGAGAGAUAUCAAUCGAGCCCGCCUUUUUGGACACGCCACCACCACCGUACGAUGAAGAGGGGCGGCAGCAGCCGCCGCCCCCGUACUCCCAAGACUCGCCCGAAGACCCUGAGGCCAAAGGUGAUGCGGCGGAAUGCGAGUCUUCCCCCGAUACAAAACCGGAUUCUACGCCGGAAGCGGUUCCGCUUUACGAGUCGUCUGCUUUCCAGGACAAGGCAGUGAGGAGGGCGUUUGUUCGGAAGGUGUUCAGCAUCCUGACCCUUCAGCUAGUGUUCACCUUCACUGUAGUGUCUGUGUUCACCUUCUCCGAUGUGGUCAAGAAAGCGGUCCAGUAUAACUUUUAUGCCUAUAUCAGCUCCUUCUGCAUCUUUGCUGUGGUCGCCAUCGCCCUCAGCUGUUGCCAGUCCCUCAGUCGUCGUCACCCCUGGAACAUCGUGAGCCUGGUCAUUGUCACCAUCAGCCUUUCAUACGUGGUGGGCACCAUGGCCUCCUACCACGACACCAGAGCUGUGAUCAUCACUAUGGCGUCGACCUUGGCCAUUUCCUUUACCAUCAUCGCUUUCUCUGCACAGACGCGCUACGAUCUGAGCAUUUGCCACGGCCUCCUGUUGGUUCUGGCGGUGGACUUGCUGAUGUUUGGCGUGUUCAGCACCUUCUACUACUCGUACAUUGCUGAAGUCUGCUAUGGAUCUUUGGGCGCUCUGCUCUAUGCUUUGUUCCUGAUGUUUGACUGUCAGCUGAUGAUGGGACUGAUGGGCCACCGCUUGGAUCCUGAGGAGUACGUCACCGCCGCUUUGAUGAUCUACCUGGACAUUAUGCUCAUCUUCAUUUACCUGCUAGGGAGGCGGUGAAAGAUUCAAAACUCCAAUCUUGGCGAAGUGUCCUUUAUUCUUCUCUCUGUUUAAAAGUUGAUGAUUAGCAAUGCUCUUUUUACACGCUUCUUUUGAAAUCUCAUUGCAUUACACAACAAGGCAUUAAGGCUAUGCCCGCACGCAGACUGAUGUUUUUUUUUAAACUAUCACGCCACACCAACAGGUGUCACCAUUGUAGCCAAAAUGAAGCUUAAAGAAAGUCAAUUCCGGAAAAAAGCAACAUGCACUUUUCCAAAUGAGUCAUUGCGCUCAGUGACCUAAAAUAUACUUUUUACAGGUUAACAUUACAUACAGUACCUUUAACAUAUGUUUUUAAGAACAAGUGUUGUGUGAACAUGGUCUUAAGUUGUUUUUUCAUCUACAUUCUUGAACAAUGGGCAGAAAGACACGUCAUAUAGCCCAUGUAAUGCUGAGAGUGCCUACAUGAUGUUAAAUAAAGUAUCAUCCGUCACCAGAGCGAUGAGUAGUUGAACUUAAUGCGCAACAGGUAGCGCAUGCGCGUCUGGCCCGGGUUGUAAACGACAAACUCGUUGUAGAGGAGCGAGUAAACGCUCCCACUGCCCGCCAGUGCCGCUGUCUUCACGCACGGACCCAUUGGCACCGUCAUGCCGUUCCUGAAAGACAUCAACGAAUGAAAGGAGAGGUACUUUAAAACGUGCUUUUUAAGGGCCAUGAUGGUGACUUUAAAUGUUAUGGUGAUAGGAGCUUUAACAUUUAACAAGAAUUGCAUGGCACAUGAUCACAAUGUAUGCCACAUGAUUUUCAUCCAAUUUUGUAAUUUUGGCAAUUGCGUCAUGACAACCCUUGAACUCACCAACGCCACAAACAAAUUGCCGUCCUGUGGGAAACACUGAGGCAUGUAUGUGAUUUUUUUAAUAUAGCGGCAUAAAGGUAUGCU